AUGUCUGCUACAGCCUAUUUCACAUUCCAUGGUCAUGUACAAUAUGCAAUGUUCCGCCAAACAAUUAUGCGUGGAGCCAUAAAGCGUGGAAUCGAAGCUGGUGCUACAAAUUGCACAGAUGAUAAGAAUAAAGUUAUUGCAACAUUCAGAGGCGAUCGUGCUAAGAUUGAUGACCUUGUCAAAACAAUUGGAAGUGGAGAAGUAUUAAACUCAUGGAAGGCUCAAGUUACAUCUUAUGAAGAAAACAAAGAAGGAAAGGCUAUUGAAGAGCACGAAGUAACCAACCAGAACGUUGAUACUAUCAAGUGGCCAGGAGAAGUUGAGAUUUAUAUCUGCUAA